AGUGCUAGUCAUUACCUAAACGAAAGAACUUAUUAAAUUAACCAAAAAAAAAAUUAUGUUUAAAUCUGUUUAUCAGUAUUAUUAUGUGACCAAAGUAAAAAAUGAGUGAAACAUUAAGUCAUCAACAUUCAGACCCUGGGCCUGAUACAUUAGGCGGGGUCCCACCUCAAGGUGUGUACACCACACUUACAGCUGCCGCAAUUUAUCCAUCACAACCGGCAACACCUAGUUCAACAAUACAAGAUGUUCCAUCACAUACAAGCUUAUCGAAUUUACCACCAUUCUCCACGUUUUCUAGUGAUAUUGACACUUCAAAUACCUCCGGUGGGUUUGGUGAUACUCGGUUAUUAGAUAUCUCAAAUUGGGAUUAUUAUGGUGAAGGUUUAUCUGGUCGAUUAUUGGAGCGAACGGAACAUGGACUAUCGAUAAUAUCAUCUCAGCCCCAAUAUCGACCGUGGGAAUCAAAACCAAUUGAUUCAACGUCACAAGAUUCGUUGCGUAAUACAUAUGUAACGACAGCACCUAUUAAUACAUUUGCUGAUGCAUUUGCUACCCAAUCGAAGUUGCCUUCAUUUCAAUCUCAAUUCCAAACAUUUAGUGAUACCCCACCAAACUCUGUUGGCGGAGUCGUUCCCUCAACAUUAGCAGACAGUCCGACAACGUUAACAACACUUACCAAUUUAACACCAGUGAGUCCGUCGAGCACAAGUCCUGGUACACAAAGUUUAACACAAUUAAAUCCUUCAAAUUUUCAUACAUUAAGUGCAGUCAAUCCACGAAAUUAUCCAUUAGUGCCUGCCCCAAUUCAAGCACGUGAAAUACCGUCAAUACAACAGCAAUUUUUGGAAGAAAGACAUAUCCAAUUAUAUUCACAUCCAACUACUCAAUUACAUUUUCCUGGGCAAAAUGGAGCAAUAAUACAAAACAAUCAAAUUAUUCAUCAGGGUCCAACUGUGGUCACCGUUCUAAAAGCAACGGAGCCCACAACAAAUUUUGUUGAUUUAAAAUUAGGUACAAAUAUAACACAUCAAACUGUGGCUGUAACGCAACCACAAACAAUGGGUGGUUUACAACCACAACCAACACAUUAUCCACCAACAGUUACCGCACAAUUCCAAAAUCCAAUGGGUAUUUUGGAUCAUCAUACGAAUAUUAACCAUAAUCCAAAUAUAUACCAUAAUGGUAUCGAAAAGAAACUAAACGGUUUUAAUAAUGGUUUACAACCAAUUACCGGUUCACCAACACGUAACUCAGAUUUUCGUAAAAAAGAACGGCGAAAAAUACGUGCCUCAAGCUUAGAAAGUUCGACGACGGAAAGUGAUGGUGCAAAUAGUAAUAUGGACAUUGGUGGUUGUGAAAAUUCGGGACAAGUAGCGGCAAUUUCAUCAACUGCUGGUUUUAAAUCACCACAUCAUACCAAUCUAAAUCAAGGUAUGGAUGUUGAUGAAAUUACCGGUGGUAAUAGUGAUAAACAAGUGAAAAAGAAACGGAAACGGUGUGGAGAAUGUAUUGGGUGCCAAAGAAAAGACAAUUGUGGCGAUUGCGCCCCAUGUCGAAAUGACAAAUCACAUCAAAUUUGUAAACAACGGCGAUGUGAAAAAUUAACGGAGAAGAAAAAUCUAUACGCCCCGGAUGGCAGUUUGCUGCGUGGAGAAUCUAGACGGGGCAGGGGGAAAGGACGAGGGAAUUAUCGUGGACGUAAACCAACAGGAAGUGUUGUAAGUGGUGGUGCACCCCCAUCAAUAAGUGUUACAUCUCAAAUAGUAACAACAUCCAGUGGCCAACAACAAUCGCAGCAACAACCACAACAACAAACUGUUAGUAGUGGAAUCACACCUGGUGGUAUCUCUUUACCAGAGGCAAGUCCACAAUCCCAAUCAGCACCAACUCCUGUAGUGCCCUCUGCACGACCUUCCCCGCCAAAUUCACAUCUUCAUCCACAACAAGUGAUGUUGAAGCCUGAUCCAGCGGCAGUACCACCCACACACCAGCCAAUGACACCAAUGCCCUUUUAUGCUGAUCCAAAUCGGUUUCCAACUCCAGUAUGGCAAACAGAUCCAUCUCAAGGAUGGGCGCAAGGACAAUUUAUUCAACAGAUUCCAGCUCAACCAGGAUUGGAUGCAUAUCAUACACAACAGUAUGCAAGUCCUGCAACAAUAUAUCAAACAAAUUAUCCACAGGCAGCUGCCACAUUUGAGCCAACAAAUACGUUUUAUGCGAGUCCUGUACAAGUACUAACAAAUACACAACAACGUCCACCAAGUGCUUCCAGUCAUGCCUCAUUAACACCACGUGCAAAUGGAAGUUCAUAUGCACAUACGCCAAGUCCAUCACCAAUUGGACAGCAACAAAAUACUGUUAAUCAAAAUGGAAUACAUAGGCAAACACAACCACAAACACAGCCACAAUAUACGACCACAGAUUACAAUAAUAUGAACAAUCAAAAUUUUCAACCAUCACCAUCACCGAGCAUGGGUGAACAAGUAUCACGUCCAAGCUCUGUAAGUAGUAAUGCCCCAAAUAAUGGUAUUAUUACAUCAAACGCAAAUUUCCAAAAUAAUAGCAAUACAAUAAACACGAGUCAACAAAAUUUUGGUUCCACAACAAAUUUGGUUCAAACGUCUAGUGCGUUUACACCACAAACUGUCACAUCGCCAGCAAAUUUUAGUCCAAAUGCCAACGCAAAUACAAACUUUGGACAAACAAAUGGACAAAAUAAUUAUCAACAGAAUCAACAAAAUAGUAAUCAACAGUUUAAUAAUACUAGUAAUCAACAGUCAAAUUUUCAACAGGUCAGAGGUAACACGUCGGGAAACGGCAAGCCUGGAUAUCCACCGGUGAACACGAAUCCGCCGGUCGGUUCACACAACUCUAGUGGUGGGUAUCCAGGCAGCCAGCAACAACAUCAAUAUGGCGGAAGUCAACAAUCUAAUAAUAAUUUACAACAAGAUUCUUCACAACAUAUGCAUAAUCAAAGUAUAAAUGUUAGUCCAAACAGUAAAGAAUUAAUUUCGCAUAAUACUUGGCAGCCACAAAUUAACAAUCAGUACCAACAGCAACAGUCGAAUCAACAACAAAUGCAAAAUCAACAAAGUCCACCAAAAGAAAAUAAUCCACAAAAUUGGGGGCAACAAAAUUGGGACCAACAACAACAGCAACAACCCGAACAAUUUUCACAAUCGGAUCGAGUCAAUUUGAAUUCUCGAAUAAAAACAAUGAUAUUAAAUAAGCAUCAGCCAGGAAUGGAGGGAAAAAAUGAGCAAUCAGAUCAACGGAUGUCUGGUGAAAUUAGAGAUGACCAACAAAAUGUAUCUACCGGUCAUUUUUUAUUGCAUAGCCACCAUCGUCGACAACCAAAUGUUGGCGGUGGUGGCGUCCCAGCAUGGGCAACUAAUGUUGCUCAUCAACCACCGAUACCUCCCCCACCUAAUCCUCCCCCACCAUUACCUCAAAACACGGAAAAUACUUCUUCAGCAAUUGAAAAUUUUAUGAAAUUUGCAAACAAUGAAAAUAAUUUUACUCCAAUUGCUGCCUCCUCUUCGGUACCUCAACAACAAUAUCACCAACAAGAACCUCCUCCUCAGACACAACAAAAUAAUAAUCCUGGAGAUUCAAAGAGAAAUUUUCCAGUGAUGCCACAAAAGAAAGUAACGCCUAAUGAAAACUCUAAUACAUCUACGUCUGGUACACGAAAUAUUAUGAACGAAAUGAGAAAUUUUCGUACGGAAAAUCAACGGGAAUUAUUAAAUCGUAAUUUAGAAAAAUCAAAUGAUAUUCGAAAUUAUCCUCAAGAGAUCGAUAAGAAACCUAUAAAACCACCUCUGCAAACACCUCAACCACCUCAACAAUUGCCUCAACCACCUCAGCAAUUGUCUCAGCCAUCACAACAAAUGCCUCAACCACCUCAGCAACUGUCUCAACCGCCUCCGCAACUUCCUCAACCCUCUCAGCAGUUACCCCAACCACCUUCGCAAUUGCCGCAACCACCACAGCAAUUACCUCAUCAAUCUGCUCAACAAUUGUCUCAUCAACCUGCUCAGCAGUUGUCUCAACAACCGCCUCAGCAGUUGCCUCAACAGCCUUCUCAACAAUCACAAAUUCAACCAUCAACUCCCCGACCUAUAUUACCCCAGUGGAAUCUAAAUAAUACCAUGGAAACAAGUGAAGAUAGUAAAGCAUUUCAAAGUCGGAUGAAUUUUGGACCAGCUGCAUUUCAGUAUAACUCUAUCCUAGCAAGUGAAAAUUCUGGGCGUAUUCCGGAACAUAAAUAUCCUGAAAUCAAGCAGGAAGCUGGUGUCAAUCCAUAUCAAUAUCAACAAUAUGAACAUCCGCAAAUGCAUCAAACUCAAUUUCCAAAUCAUUAUCCUCCGAAACGUGUGGAUCAGUACCAUGAAAAUUAUUAUAAUCAACAUGACAGACAGAAUAUGGCAUAUCAACAGGACAUCAAGCAUCAUCCUUAUCAAUACCCUACAAAACAACCAGAGUUAAUGGAUCGAACACAGAUAAAAACUGAAAAUAUACCCAAUGGUUAUGCAUAUCAACAGCCUCACCAGAUGCCUCCACCAUUCCAUCAGUACGGACAUGAAAAAGUUCCCAAUCCAUAUGCGCAACACUACGAGAAGCAACCACAUGAGUAUUAUCCCGAUUCAAAUGCUCAAUAUCAAUACUCAAUGAAUCGAAAUAUGUAUCCACCACAAAAUAAAAUGUUUCAUCAUCCACAUAAUCCAUAUUUGGAACAUCCUCCUCCUCAUCAUAUGGAUACAUCUAGUAUGUUGUCUCCAGAAAGUGAAAAAUCAGCUGUCUUAAAGAAACCAAUACAUCCUUCAGUCUCUAUGCUAAAACGAGAUGGUCCUUACAUUUUUCCUGGUGAUGGUGGUCCUAUGAAAAUAAAACCACAAUCUGGUUCAUGGUGUUGUCGGCAAGGUGGUACAGAAAAUCCAACUCCAGAACAUUUACGCGAUGGUGCAUGUGCAGGUUUGCAAACUCAAGAUGAAAUUUUACCUGAAUCCAGUGAAACACCCCCAAAUAAGAAAGGAAAUGGAUCUACAGAAAAUAAAGAUGGAGCAAAAGGACAAAAUGCUGAAGUAAAAACUGAAAAAGGAACUACAGAAACAGCCACAGAAAAAUCUGGUGGUAAAAAUAACGCUGGUGUUCGCACAGAAAUUCCAGAAUGCAGUUGUUUUACUGCAGAUAAAAGUCCACCAGAACCUGGAAGUUUUUACACUCAUUUAGGUACUGCAGCUACAUUAGCUGAUUUGAGAAAAGAUUUAGAAGGUCGAACUGGUUUGAAAGGUAAAGGUGUUCGAAUAGAGAAAGUUUGUUACACUGGAAAAGAAGGGAAAACUACACAAGGAUGUCCAUUGGCGAAAUGGAUUAUACGUCGAGGUAGCUACGAGGAAAAAAUUCUUGCGAUUGUUAAACAUCGCCAAGGACAUUCUUGCAGUACAGCAUAUAUUGUAGUAUGUAUUGUAGCAUGGGAUGGAAUCCCUUCUCAAGAAGCAGAUCGUGUUUACAACGUUCUAACGCAUAAAUUAAAUAGAUAUGGUUUACCAACUACUCGUCGUUGUGCUACAAAUGAACCACGAACAUGCGCAUGUCAAGGAUUAGAUCCAGAUACAUGUGGUGCUAGUUUUUCAUUUGGAUGUUCGUGGAGUAUGUACUACAACGGUUGCAAAUAUGCAAGAUCAAAAACUGUUCGUAAAUUUCGGUUAAGUGUCAAAACCGAAGAAAAUGAAAUUGAAGAACGUAUGCACGUAUUGGCAACACUUUUGAGUCCGUUGUAUACGAAGGUAGCACCCGAGGCAUUUAAAAAUCAAUGCAUAUACGAACGAGAUGCUUCUGAAUGCCGAUUGGGCUUUAAACCAGGGCGACCAUUUUCUGGUGUCACGGCCUGCAUUGACUUUUGUGCCCACGCUCAUCGUGAUUUACAUAAUAUGAAUAAUGGAUGUACAGUGGUAGUUAGUUUGACAAAACAUCGAUCUUUGAGCAAACCACCCGAUGAACAGUUGCAUGUUUUACCCUUGUAUAUUAUGGAUGAAACUGAUGAACAUGGGUCUAAGGAGGGGCAGGAAGAGAAGAUAAAAAAUGGAAGCAUAGAAGCCCUUACUAAAUUUCCUUGUGAAGUACGAGUUCGUUCAGUUCCAUUACAACCAUGUAGACGACAUGGUAAAAAACGAAAAGAAGAUGAGCCAGAUGCGAUAAUAAAUGGGGGCAAGCCACCAAAAGAUACCGGAACUUCUCACUCACCGCGUAGUACAACAAGUAAUCAUUCACCGCGAUCACCACGCUCUCAAACACCAGCAAGUCAACCACCACAUGGAACAUCUGCUCCACUUUUAGAUAUGGUUUCAAUGCUGGACAAUUUUACGGAUGCUCAACUUCAAAGUUCCCAAGUAUCUAGUACUGUAUUAGACUCACCAACAAUGUAUCCAAAUUGGUCUUAUGACAAUUCCAGUCACUUGUACAGUUCCCAAAAUCAAUAUCCAAAUAUGCAUGUACAAUCUCAAAAUCCAUACGCAGCUCAAUAUGGAUCAGUUCCACCGAACUCACCGUGGAUUGAUGGUCAAUCAAAAAGGCAAAUGUUUUAUAAUGGUUGGGAUUCAUAUGGUUAUGGAAAUUCUGGAUAUAAAGAAAUUAAGGAAGAUCCAGAUAGUACAACAAUGAAUAACUCAAAUUCAUCAGAAUCAGAAUCUGGAAAUAAUAGUGCAAAUAAUACGGGAAUGAGUAAUAUGAACAUGAAUGAUCCAAAUAGAAUGAUGCAACAAAAUCAAAACCGGGCGAAUAAUUCCGUGCAACAGUCGCAACAAAAUCAAGACACGAAAAGUAUGAAAUCAAUGUCAGGAAUGGAUUCAUAUUUGAGUUUAAAUGAAAAUGAAUUGCUUGAAGUGAGCAGUAAUUUGAGCGAAACUGAUAUGAAUAAGUCAACUGUACCCAAAUCGCCGGCUACAAUCAGUACAACGGUUGAUAAUAGUCCAAAAACAAUGAGUGUUCCAAAUAAUAUGAAUAAUAAUAUUCCACCAAAUGUGCCAGAAAAUCAAAGAUUAACAGAUUCAUCUGAUUCAUUAACAAACAGUAUGCCUUGUCCAAAUACUCCAUCACCAGCACAAGUUACUCAAAGCAAUGAUAAUUGGGGUAUGGGACAACAACAGCAGAAUACGCAAAAUCAACAGGGUUCAUCAAUAGAAGAUAGAUCGACUCCGUAUUCCACCCAUACGACGUCACAUGUACAAUCAGAUCCAAAUGAUGCUUCCCCAUUUCGAAUUCCAAAAGGACGCCCUCCAUCACGUAGUCAACAUAAUACUUCAAUGUCACCCGAUACCCUGUCGCAUAACCCUAAUGGAAAUAAUUCAACAUUUUUAAAACCAUACCCACCACAAGAUAAUACAAAGAAUCCAAAUAACAUCCCACAAAGUAAAUCGCUGGAGAGUUCAACAAAUCCACGAAUGCAAGAUGUGCUAAGCUAUCCACCAUCAAAUCCUCCAUCAUGGCAUGGCCAAGAAGAUAUAAAACAAAAUUAUCCAGAUUAUCAUACGGGAGCAAAUAUAAAUCCUUAUAGUUCAUAUCCAAAUCCAAGUACUGGUUAUGGUAAUUUUCAUGGUCCAUUUGCUCCUCCUUAUGGUCAUCCAUAUAAUCCAUAUGAAACAAAUCCACAUAUUAACUAUCCAAAUUUGGAUUAUGCAAAUUCAAUGUAUAAUCAUGAGAAAAUCAAACGCGAGGAAUAUUUACGAAACACAGCAUGCUAUAAUCCAUAUUCAGGUUAUCAAAAUUAUCCUCCGCCGCCACCACCACCACCAGCACCACAUAAUUGGAACCAUACUCCAAACUGGUGUCCAAAUCCACCAACACCAGCUGCUCCACCAAAUCCAUGGUUCACAUACCCACCAUUUGGUAUUCCACCAUACGUACCAGAGCAACCAAAAAGUGAACCAAUUGGUGAAGUUACAGAUUUCACGGAUAAUGAAGAAUGUUUUAAGGAUUCGCAAAUGGGUGGUGUUGCCAUUGCUUUAGGGCAUGGUAGUGUCCUUUUUGAAUGUGCCAAACAUGAAAUGCAUGCAACAACUGCCUUACGUAAACCAAAUCGGCUGUCCCCAACAAGAAUAUCAUUAGUAUUUUAUCAACAUAGGAAUUUAAAUCGUCCCAAACAUGGCCUUGAAGAAUGGGAACAAAAAAUGCGCUUACGUAAAUUAGGUAUUACAACCACUACUGGUGGUAGUACGAGUACAACAAAUACUGCCCAAACACAAUCGUCAGUAUUAACUUCGGAAAAAGAUAAAGAAAUUUUACCUGACGGUGGACAAGAAUUAGCUGCACUAGUUGAAGCGACAUCAUCAAAUAACCGUAAUAGUAAACAAAUUAUGAUGCGUGCACCAACGUUAACUACAAUGUCCUGGACUACGCUAUUCCCAAUGCAUCCAUGUUGUGUCACAGGACCAUAUCAAGAAAAUGGUACAGCUGUUGGAUAGGAUUCAAAAGGACAUACUAAAAAGUCUGAAUAAAUUAUUCAGGUUUAAAUUUUAGUAUGUCCGUGAUUUCGUACACACACAAAAAUCAGUCCAUAAUUUAAAAAAAAUUUUAAUUUCCAAAAUUUUCGUGCAUUAUACGUGCGCAAAUUUUUUAGAUAGUAUUUUUUUAAAACAACGUAAAUAAAUCUUGCCAUUCCUUAAUUUUAA